AGUCAUUGGUUUGCUCGCUCCCUUAUGUGAUGAAUCAAUGCUUUCAGAACAGGGGCUUCUGAGUGACUGCGGGAACAAUUACUUCCAAAUGACCUCGUGCAUCUUAUCAGGGAGCAUUCAGACCACACCCCAGGUCUCUGCUGGUGGUUCUGAAGCCAAACCUCUGAUCUUCACAUUUGUCCCCACUGUCAGAAGACUACCAACCCAUACUCAGUUGGCUGACACCUCUAAAUUCCUUGUAAAAAUUCCAGAAGAAUCAAGUGAUAAGAGUCCAGAAACUGUAAAUAGGUCUAAAUCCAAUGACUACUUGACCUUGAAUGCUGGGAGCCAACAAGAGAGACAUCAAGCGACGUUGACUUGUCCUUCAGAGGUCAGUGGAACGAUUUCACAAGAAAGGGAAUUUGAAGCAAACAAACUUCAAGGAAUGCAGCAAAGUGACCUCUUCAAAGCUGAAUAUGUCCUUAUUGUGGACUCUGAAGGGGAAGAUGAGGCUACAAGCAGAAAAGUUGAACAAGGCCCCCCAGGAGGGAUUGGCACCGCAGCUGUCCGGCCCAAGUCUCUAGCAAUCUCUUCCAGUCUGGUCUCUGAUGUAGUGCGUCCCAAAACACAGGGGACUGAUCUCAAGACCUCAUCACAUCCUGAAAUGCUUCAUGGGAUGGCCCCUCAGCAAAAGCAUGGGCAGUUAACUUCUUCUCCCACUACCUCUGAGCAGCUUGCCUGUAAACCACCUGCUUUCUCCUUUGUUUCUCCAACUAAUCUGAACGCACCACCCGACCCAGUUAACCUCGAGGGAGCCUCUGUCCUAGAGGAGUUCCACACUAGGAGGCUGGAUGUCGGUGGGGCCGUGGUGGAAGAAUCAGCUACGUAUUUUCAAACUACCGCUCACUCUACACCCUUUUCUGCAUCGAAGGGCACCUCCUCGACGUUACUGUUUCCCCAUUCCACUCAACUAUCAGGUUCUAAUUUACCCAGUUCGACUGCAGCAGAUCCAAAGCCUGGACUGACCUCUGAAGUUCUCAAGAAGACAACUUUAACCUCGCAUGUCCUUAGUCGCGGAGAAAGUCCGAGAACCUCUUCUCCUCCACCAACCUCCAGUGCUUCUCUGAAGUCGAAUUCAGCCUCGUACAUACCAGUCCGCAUUGUCACGCAUUCACUCUCUCCGAGCCCCAAACCAUUUACCUCCUCUUUCCACGGCUCUUCUUCCACCAUCUGCAGCCAAAUGUCAUCUAGUGGAAAUCUUUCAAAGUCAGGGGUAAAAUCCCCGGUGCCUUCCCGGCUUGCCCUUCUCACUGCCAUUCUCAAGUCGAACCCUUCCCACCAAAGACCCUUUUCCCCUGCGUCCUGUCCCACGUUCUCUCUCAACUCCCCGGCCUCUUCCACGCUCACACUUGAUCAGAAAGCAAAGCAGACCCCACCUACGCCUAAAAAAUCUCUCUCAAGUUGUUCCCUGAGAGCCGGGUCACCAGAUCAAGGGGAACGCCAGGUUUCUGAAUUGACCCAGCAAUCUUUUCACCUGCCUGUUUUCACCAAGUCUACUCCGCUUUCUCAGGCGCCCUCCCUUUCUCCUACAGAACAGGCUAGUAGCAGCCUUGCUUCCAUGAAUGUAGAGAGAACACCAUCACCUACUUUGAAGAGCAAUACCAUGCUCUCCCUGCUACAAACCAGUACAUCCAGUUCUGUGGGUCUUCCUCCUGUUCCACCAAGCUCUUCUCUUUCCUCUUUGAAGAGUAAACAGGAUGGUGACCUCAGGGGUUUUCCAGAAAACCCCAGAAACAUUCACACGUACCCUUCUACAUUAGCCUCCUCUGCAUUAUCUUCUCUAUCUCCUCCUAUUAAUCAAAGAGCUAUGUUCUCUUCUUCAGAGAAAUGUUUCCAUCCUUCCCCAGCUCUUUCAAGCCUGAUAAACAGAUCUGAAAGAGCAUCAUCCCAACUGUCUGCCCAGGAGCUGAAUCCUUCAGCUCUUCCUUCACUCCCUGUCUCCAGUGCUAGCUCUGCCUCUCUUCCCAACCUGAGGUCCUCCUCUCUCCCUCAUGCCAAUCUGCCCACCCUGGUGCCCCAGCUCAGUCCCUCAGCUCUGCACCCACAUUGCGGCAGUGGUACCUUGCCUUCAAGACUUGGGAAAUCUGAAAGCACCACCCCCAACCACAGGUCACCUGUUUCAACCCCAUCACUUCCCAUAUCUCUAACAAGGACAGAGGAGCUGAUUUCACCUUGUGCAUUGUCCAUGUCAACAGGCCCAGAAAAUAAGAAAUCAAAGCAAUACAAGACCAAGUCAAGCUACAAGGCUUUUGCAGCAAUCCCUACAAACACAUUGCUUUUGGAACAGAAGGCACUAGAUGAACCAGCCAAGACUGAAAGUGUCUCCAAGGACAACACACUAGAACCACCAGUGGAGCUCUAUUUUCCUGCACAGCUCAGGCAGCAAACUGAAGAGCUCUGUGCUACCAUUGAUAAGGUCUUACAGGAUUCCUUGUCUAUGCAUUCUUCUGAUUCUCCUUCAAGGUCCCCAAAGACAUUGUUGGGUUCUGACACAGUCAAAACUCCUACAACUCUUCCAAGAGCAGCUGGUCGAGAAACCAAAUACGCAAAUCUCUCCUCACCAUCUUCUACAGUAUCUGAGAGUCAGCUGACUAAGCCUGGAGUAAUUCGCCCAGUGCCUGUAAAAUCCAGAAUAUUACUGAAAAAUGAGGAUGAAGUCUAUGAACCCAACCCUUUCAGUAAAUACUUGGAAGAUAACAGCGACCUCUUUUCUGAACAGGAUGUAACAGUCCCUCCCAAGCCUGUCUCGCUCCAUCCUUUAUAUCAGACUAAACUCUAUCCUCCUGCUAAGUCACUGCUGCAUCCACAGACCCUCUCGCAUGCUGACUGUCUUGCCCCAGGACCCUUCAGUCAUCUGUCCUUCUCCUUGAGUGAUGAACAGGAGAAUUCUCACACCCUCCUCAGUCACAACGCAUGCAACAAGCUGAGUCAUCCAAUGGUGGCUAUUCCUGAACAUGAAGCUCUUGAUUCCAAAGAGCAAUGAAGUUGGAGCAGAGGCUGAAAACACAGGCUGCUGAUGUUUUUUGGAAUGCUGGUGCUAACCACUUGCUAGAUUUAACUUUUUUUUUUUUUCCAGAAUGAGUGCUCCCUUUAUGAGCUGCAGUGCAGCAGAACCAAAAAAAGAGUUUGCUGCAAUUAUAUAGCAUCACAGUGCUCUGCUAACAGCCAGCAAAGGAGAGAUUUACCCACAGCUUUUUGCACCACUGUUCAAGCCUUUAAUGCCUUCUACUUAAUAUUAAGCUGACAGCAGUACUAACGUGCCCCUAUAUUUAGCAGCCAAAUAAAGAAGAAUCAUGGGUAAAUAGAAGAA